AUGACGAAACAGCCUGUAAAACGUGGCUUCGCAACGGUCACCAUUGACUACAUUGGAUCACGAUAUGUAGGUGCGGGUCCAGAAAAAUGCAGCUACACAACACAAGCCGUCCAAAUUCCCAUGUCAGACGGGGUGAAGCUUGCAGCCGACUUCUUCAACCCAGAAUUACCUGCCGACCAAGAGCCGUCUGGCCUAAUCAUGGUCCAAUGCUGCUACGGUCGAGGCCAAGGGAUAUCAUUUCUCAAUGCGCGUGUCUUCGCCGCUCGUGGCUACCGAGUCCUGUUCGUUAGCACCCGUGGUACCUUCGGCUCAGAAGGAACCUUCACUCCCGGAUUAAAUGAGGCGAGCGACAGUCAAGACAUUGUCAAAUGGAUGCGGCAGCAGCCGUGGUAUACUGGAACGUUUGCUACGAUGGGAGCAUCGUAUCUAGGAUAUAGUCAGUGGGCGCUUUUGGCCGAUCCGCCUGCGGAUUGCGUUGCUGCUGUUAUACCCGUUGGACCUCAUGAUCAGGCAUUCCAUGCCUGGGGUACUGGAUCUUUUCGGCUGGAUCGUGCUAUAUGGAGUGAUAUGAUGUCUCGUGGACCCGAGGAGCGCGGGAGCUUUCUUGAGGCAUUGUCGAAGUUACCUGGUCUUAGCUUCUUGGCAUCAAAGGAGCUGGAGAAGGCUGUACAAGCCUUACCACUAGAGGCUAGUCUGCAAACCUACUUCAAAAGCAAGGCUCCUUGGCUGUUCGAUUACUUGAAACAGCCAGAUGUUGAGGGUACAUACUGGAGUACUAGACGGCACCACGCUUCUCUUGAGCGUAUCAAUAUACCCAUACUGCUAGUGGGUGGAUGGUACGAUCCCUUUGAGACACAGACUUUGUACCAAUAUAAACGUCUGUUUGAAAGGGGUGUAGACGUCAAUCUUAUUGUCGGUCCCUGGAAUCAUGUCCAAGGAUGCGGUCUGCGUUCCAUACCCGAGAUCCUAGAUUUCUUCGCGCAGCAUCUCGCCAAGGAAGGAAAGUACGGGCGGUCUCGAGCUCGCAUUUAUGUCACCGGCGCAGAAGAAUGGCGGUCGAUGCCUACAUGGCCCCCGAAUACUGAGCCAAAGACGCUGUAUCUCCAAGAAUCCAUCGGUCUCGACUCGGAGAUACCUGUACAAGAUGCAUCCCCUGCAUCAUUUGUCUUCGAUCCUCGAAACCCGACUCCCAGCAUAGGCGGUAAUCAGAUGAGCUCCAGUGGGCGAGUCGAUGACAGUAUCUACGCAACUAGAUCGGAUGUUCUAGCAUUCACUAGCAAGCCUCUCCCCGAGGACAUGGAGGUUCUCGGCACCCCAUCCGUCCAGAUUUCGCAUGCAAGUGACCCACCCUUUGCAGAUCUGUUUCUGCGGCUUAGCGAGGUCGAUGAAAAUGGCGUCUCUCGUAACGUCACCGAGCUGUACAAGGCGCUCGACCCGAAGCGUGACAUGUCCCAGCCACUGCUUCUGGACCUGGCAGACUGCGCUCAUAGAUUCAAAGCCGGUAAGCGGGUUCGAUUGAUUAUCGCUGGUGGCUCAUUCCCGAUGUUUGCACGAAACCUGGGAACCGAAGAGGAUCGUUUGCGAAGUAACAAGAUUGUUCCUCAGACGCAUACUAUCACUAUUGCGACUGGGGUAUCCAAGCUCACUCUUCCUGUUUCCAGUUCUGAUUGA